CACAAUGGCAUUGACAAAUUCAUUGUUUGCCAAGAGGAGCUGAUGGGCCUUUUUGUCAUCUGUCCGGCCUGUUGUGAGAGGUCAGAUAGUAGCAUCGUGCAGCAGGAAGGAACUUUUCUUAAGAUCAAGCAGGUCUGUGCAUCAUGUGGCUACCACCGUUUCUGGCAAAACCAGCCAAUGCUCCACAGGAACAUGCCGACCUGCAACCUCCUGUUAAGCGGGGCCAUUCAUUUCACUGGAUGUUUGGCCACCCAGACAUUAAGAAUGUUGACUCUGUUUGGCCUGCAGUGCAUCAGUGCGAGCAGUUACUUUCGCCAUCAGCGCCGCUACACCAUCCCUGUAAUCGUUCAGGCCUGGCAAAACGAUCAAGCGAAGAAUUUUAGUGACCUACGGGCAAUGGAUGGCGGGCUAGCUCUUGCUGGUGACUGCAGGUCAGAUUCUCCUGGGCACUGCGCGAAGUAUGGAUCCUACUCUCUGAUCGAGGACAGAGUGAACAAGGUGGUGGAUGUUCAGCUUGUUCAGAGCUCAGAGGUCCCCAACAGCUCAUGGUGUGAGCUUGAAGGGCUCAAGCGCAGUGUUGGACUGCUGAGGGGAAAGGACCUGCAUUUAGCAACGCUGAUCACGGACCGUCAUCGCCAGGUUGCCAAAUGGGUGAGAGAGGAGCUGAGCCCUGAAGGGUCACGGCAUUAUUUUGAUGUGUGGCACAUUGCCAAAAGUCUGGGGAAGGCAUUGGAUGCAGCUUCAAAAGAGUGUGACCAACUACAGCUGUGGAGGCCUGCUAUAGUGAAUCACCUCUAUUGGACUGCAGCCUCAACCCCAGACGGCAACCCAGCAGUCAUGGAGGCUAAAUGGAAAAGUUUAGUCAACCACAUCCAGGACAUCCAUGACCAUGACACCCCUGCUUUCUCCAGUUGUGCCCAUGGCCCUCUAGACGGGGAUCAGCGCAACAAAGAGUGGCUGGACCCAGGCUCAUUGGCAGCAGUAAAGCUGGAGAACAUAAUCACGAGGACUGCCUUACUGAAAGAUGUUCGACAGCUGUCUCCACAGCAUCAGACAUUCUCCCUUGAGGCUUACCGCUCCCUCAUCUUGCACUUCGCACCCAAGCACACAGGGUUUUCAUACGUUGGGAUGUAUAGCAGGCUUCUCUUAGCGGCGCUGCAUUACAAUCACAAUUCCAACCGCGAGACAGCGCGGAAAAGUGAUGGGAUGGAGAAGUACUGCGUGCGCUUCAGAAAAGGUGCCCAUGUGGUGCGUCCCAUCAAAGAGGCAGCCUCAUGCGACAUCUGUGAUCAGUGGCAAUGA